AACAACUAAAAAUAUGCUGAAAUUCAUUCUGCCCUGCCUGGCACUGGCCCUGCUGGCUGUUAGCGUGAACGCCCUGAAGAUCCACGACUACGAGCACGAGGAGCACCAGCCCCUAGAGCAUCACGAGCAGCACUAUGAGCAUGAGGAGCAUGCCAGCUACGAGCCGGAGCACGAGGAGACGGAGCUGCAUCACGAGGUGGAGCAUAAGCAUGCCACGUCGCAUCAGAGCGUAAAGUUCCAUCACUACCAUGCCGUGCCCGUGUACAUUAAGAAGGAGGAUCAGCAUCUGGUGAAGAAUCCCAUUGAGAUCGGCGGCACCAAGCAGAAGCUGAAGAUUUUGCAUCCUAAGAGCGAAAAAAAUCACAACCACGGCCUGGUGCUGGAGAAUCACAGCGAGUCUCACCUGCACGAGCAUGGCCACUACGAGGAGCCCGUCCACCACUCGGAGCACUACGAACAUCAUGAGCAUUAUGGACACCAUGAGUAGACAGAUCAGAUCGUAUCAGAACCAUUUGGGCGCCCUCAUUUGCCAAAUAGUUAGUAAGAAAGGGUUAUUCUCCCCAACCCAAUCCCCAAUCGUGUUUAAGGCUUUUUUUUAUUUUUAU